AUGCUACGCUAUGUUACUAGAUGCUCACGCUCGGCAAUAACACGGUCACUCAGACGAUAUAGCACACCUACAGUCAAGAGCAGCAUUGAAGACAACGCUCCAAACAAGUCCGGCACCGGAACGGGGACUUCGUCAGACAACUUUAUGAAUAAGCUGCCGGAGCAGUUGAUCUCUCAGGGAAAUGGAAUGAAGCCAACUAGAGCAGAGUGCCAGAUCGAUACCCUUGCAUGUUACAAUCGACUGAGGGAACAAGGUUUUACGUCACAACAAACAGAACUGAUUAUCGAUCUCCUGCUAGAGACCCUCAAUAAGGAGUUCUUUUCUCGUUACAACACGGUGUUUCUGCAGAAUAUGGAGCUCGAGAACCAAUCGCAUCUUUUCCAUGCCGCAGAGACCGAGUUGAAAUACGCGAUUCAAACCUCUAGGGACACUCAAUUGAACGACCAGCACUUGCAGCUCCUGAAGCUAAUCCGCGACUUGGACUCGCUGCACGACGAGAUCAAUGAAAUGAUCAUCAACCUUCUGCAGAAGGAUUCGAAAGUCGAUUUCAAUAAUCAAAAGAUCGAAAACACCUUACUCCAUAGAAAAAUCAAUUUACAGCUAAAUGAGUGUACGAACAAGAUUGCAACAAAGCUACUCGGGAGCGCCAGAUCCGACAUUGAGCGCCUGAGGUGGCAAACAACGAGAAGCGGACUGCUCGCGAUACUGGUCCUUGUGUUCGUCAUCAUGGGGGGAGCCAGCUUCGCCAGAAAAGUGAACGCUCCGACCGAAGAGGCGGAGCCCAAGUCAUAG